CUCAACUAUGUAGUAUUGUCACUUUCUCUUAACAUUCCCCCUCUCUCUCUCUCCCCACACACACAAAUACGUCUCUCUCUCACUCUCCACACACAAACAAGUAAACACAGAGAGAGGUAUAUAACACUUUUCUAUGUCACACUGAUGCAGACAUGGAGAGUGGUUGGAAAGCUACAACUGAAAUAUCACCAAAUUGUCCAAGAUGUGGUUCUUCCAACACAAAAUUCUGCUACUACAACAACUACAGCUUAACUCAACCAAGAUACUUUUGCAAAGGAUGCAGAAGAUACUGGACAAAAGGUGGAUCCCUCAGAAACGUCCCUGUUGGUGGUGGUUGCAGAAAAAACAGAAGAGGUAACAACAAAACCUUAUUGAAACCACAAUCUUAUGCUCCUAUUUUGAGGACUAAUAAUGUUUCAUCUUCUAGUUCCUCCUCAUUGGUCACUGAAUAUCAUAAACCCAAUAUUGAUCUUGCUUUAGUUUACGCAAAUUUCCUUAAUCAAAAGCCUGGUUCUCAAAAAAACACUUUCGACCCUUCUUUGGAAAGUUCGAGGCUAUUAUCGAAUGUUGAAGUUGGUUCGAGUAGUUUAAAUUUGUCGGAACUAGAACUUGGUUUCAAAGGGUGUUUGAAUCUUCAAGAACAGUUACUAGUCCCAACCACAUCCACAUCGGUAACUUGUUUUGGUGAGUUCGAACUCGAUUCUAUGCCGACUCUUCGAAAAGAUAGAAAUCAUGAUGAUGGUAGAGUGAAUUUUGAGCUACCACCUUUGCCAGGUGAAGAGGGUUCAUCAUCACAUGAUGAUCAUGUGAUGUGGUCCAAUUCCGAAAUGAUGAUAAACCUUCCAUUUCAAGUCACUCAACCUCCACCACCACCACCACUUCUUGGUCUUGAUCAAAUUCAUCAUGCAGACUUGUUAAUUGGUAAUUGGAGCCCUUUUGAUUUUCCAAGGGAUGCUUCUUUUUCUAGGCCAUGUUAAAAAAAUGAUUCUCUUAUGGUAUAGUUGGUGAUGAAAAAAAUGUUUAGGUGACUUGGAUCUCAGAGGUUCAUAAUAGUAUUCACGAGGAUUUGAACCAUGAUCCUGUAAGAGUUGAGAUGAUGAAUUUUUACCAACUGAAAUAAUAUAUGUUUAUUGAUUUACUUCA